UGAAGGCGGGGCAUCUGGUGAAACUAUUACUAUUUUUAGAAAAAUACUCCAAAGCCGGGUAUUGUUACCUGCUCGCCGGUUGAGAGAACUAAACAACAGGCUGAUGUUGUAGACCCAAACUAUCCUGCUUCUGUUGUUUCUGAUGGUGGGGUGCUUUGCAAACAUGGUAGACAACAAUCAACAGAUGGAAGAAAUGAAGGCAGUUCCUAAUAGGGAUGCAAUGUCAGAGGUGAAGACGCGGUCAUUGGAAGGAUGGGACCGCAGUGUCCCGUGGAUAAUUAGAGCUAUGAUCGCAGUUUUGGUUUGUGUUUCUAUAAUGAAUUUGGAUACACUACAGACAUGGUUGGACAAUGCUUGGGGUUAUCUGCUGUCGACAUGGACUUUCAACUCGGUGUAUUUUGAAUCUUGGCAUGCAACGUUGACCUAUGCGGUGAUGAUCCCGAUUUAUCCGUAUGCCUUGCAUUACAUGACAUUUUUGGACAGGUACAAGGUACAUCCUUCGGUGACGUAUGUACACACAACAACGAAGGACAUACUCGUGGAGGCCGUUAUAUACCUAACUCCUUUAAUGCUACUAGACACGUUCACAAUUAAGAAAUACGUAGGAGUACACCCGUCCAUCAUGGCGCAAAAACGUCUGAGUUUCAUUCAGACGACACGACCACUUCCGAUUGCCCCACCAACCGUCGGACAAGUAUGCUUUCAACUCAUAACCAGUGUCUUAUUGUUUGAUUUCAUGUUUUUCUGUUUCCAUCUGCUGUUUCACAAAAAUGCAUGGCUGUACAAGACAGUGCAUGCGUUGCAUCACAAACAUGAUGUCAUGCAUGGUCGCGUGACAAAUUUGCUGACGGUCCAAGAACGGAUAACUCUGAUUUUGGCCGCGAACUACGCGCUUAGAUUCAUGGGAAGCCAUCCCUUUACAAGAAUGUUGUUUGUGCCCGUAUUUAUUUUUCUUUUGGUAGAUAACCAUACCGGGUAUGAUUUUCCAUUCGGAAUUCAUAGAAUAGUGCCGUUCAAUCUGAUGGGAGGACCUGCCGCUCACAUGGCUCAUCAUUUCAAAGGGACAACACAUUACCAACCAUUCUUUACCUACAUGGAUACACUUUUGGAAAAAUAUUAUGCUUAUUCAAAAAAGUUAAAAGUUUAAAAAAUAUAUAGCAAUUAGCAACGGCGAUACAGCUGAAUGGCGUCACUAAAAAUGUCUUUUACCUUCAUUCCUCGGAUGGGAUAUUCACACUCGCAUAUCAGAGAAGUAGUUGAAGUCAUCACUGACAAGAGUUAAAUACUAGUACUCUGAGGGGCGAGGAUUAAAGGGCUGACGAAAUAAGGGCCGUGGUUUUUGAAAUCCAGAUGUGAUGUUUCGUUUCAGAUGUAUUUUUGAUCUCAUUGACACAUAUUAAAAAGAAUCGCACACAUACAGACAAAAAAUGAUCAGCUCAGCGCUUAGUCAGUGUCUUCAUGUUUUGAACCUAACAAAUCCGAUCAGUAACCGCGAUAAGCUUAUUCGAUUGUGACCAGACAUCGCAAAGGCAAAAAGAAAAUGUUAAUAUCGAGAGCUGUACCGUCGGAUUUUGAAGGUGAUUAUUCUGGAGACUUUGAUAGAAAAAUAUUUGAAAGAAUAAUUUUAUGCUUGAAAGAUGUUUAUUAUAUAUGUGAAAAUUGUAUCAUAUUCAAUCAGUUCUGUCGACGGUAUCACUUUUUUUUCGUGUUUAUUGAUAUACUCAGGAAAGUUAUUGCUUCAUCUUUUAAAAUAGAAUUUUUAUAUAUUUUUUUUAUUCUUUUAUUUUUAUCUGGCGCUCUU